AGAGAUUAAUAUCGAGGCAGAGGAAAUAAAUGGGAUUAUCGGCGGAAAAGGUCAAUGCAGAAACUUAGAUAUUGACUUUUACUUUCACUAAAGACUGAAAACGUUGUUGAAUAAGGUUGAACAAGUGCCCUCUCUCUCCCCUACAAGUGUAUCGAGUAGACGGUGGCAGGUGUUCAGUUGAGAGCGACGCAUCGCCUCAGUCGGCUCCCCAAGCCUCAACAGGGUGCCGGAGACCAAGGAAAACGGCUAUAAAGCAGCUAACUAGCCAAAAACUCCCGUGAGUACAACCGGAUAACGUUGAAACAUCUUCGUAAUAACCGUUUAUGUUCCCGCUUGGACUGUUUUCGAGGACCAUUGAAUACUCUGGAUAAAUGCGAGAGGCUUUCGGUGUCGCAGCAGCAAGAGUAACGUUAAGGUCUCUGUAACGGACGUUUUUUCCACUUCAAACCGGCUCAUACUUUUAAGCUUUCAAACUCCUCUUCACUGGUGUAUUUACAGAAAAACGAAGAAAGAAAACUCAGAGUUGUUGCUGUGAAACUUGUUACUCAUUAUGUCUUUUUUUUGCUAACCUGUUGUGUAAUUUCUCCGUGUAAUCCGAGACCCGGUGCAUUACGGCAAUUUAGCCUAUCUUGUAUCCGAGCGAAGAGAACCCCUUCUGGGAGAGUGUCGGAUCAUUUAGACCCGCGGAGACUCGGGUUAACAGUUAAUUAUGAUUUCUAACUUCUGAUAAGAGCCUGCACACCUUAACAUCACCACACUCACUCUCGGUCCAGUUUGCUUGUACUAAAAAAACAGGGGUAUUUACAGAAUCAAUUACUGGAUUGAUUUUUAGAGCCCACACAAACAGGGCAAAGCAUGGACGGAUAAAUCACAUGUUUUAUUGCUUUUCUGUUAAUACAACCACUCUCUAAACAGCUAAAUGAUCCGCGGGACAAAUCCCCAGUGAAGACAUCAAAACAAGCGCGGAUUUGAGGUCGAUAGCAGAGAAUAAGCCGAUAAGUCUUAAACACACACUCAAAUGUAUUAAUUCCUUGCUCGGAUCAAUCCAAAUGAAAAUGAGGUAUCGCAGGACGCAGAAACACACGGAGUCCGCCACAGCAGUCACAGAUUACCGCGCAGCUACACGGUAAAGACAGAGACUAUAUUGAGGGAAAGUCUUUCUGCUUGUGAGGCAGGCGACCCCCCCUUCCUCCUUCUCCCGCUGCGUAGCGAGUGUCGGACACUGGAUCUAGGGAUUCAAAGCGGGGAGCCAGUCUUCAGUGACAGCGCUGAACUCCCGGAGCUCUGAGGUCCGAUCACCGGGAGCUGAGGAGCCGAGCCCCGGUUUCUCUGUCUAUUCGCCCGGACUUCCUUCCAAAGAGAGUUACAUCAGCAAAGCACAAGCGGACACGGACACUAUCGGUCACCUCUCUGCAUGAUGAAACCGGGAGUGUGCUGCCCUCAGGGGUCCCCGGAGCGUGUGGAGGGACCCGCAGCAGGGAGGCGGCGGGAGAUGGUGAGCACCGGGACGGCCAGGAGUGGGAGCCGGUGUCCGCCGCUGUUUCUGCUGCUCAUUCUCAGCAGCAGCUGCCACAUGUUGCACGGACAAGAGGUGGCUCCCUACCUGCGAGGGGCCGGGCGGGGGCAGCAGGUGGUGUUGGAGGGGAACAGGCUGGUGCUGACCUGCCUGGCUGGAGGCAGCUGGCCCCUGCAGUACCGCUGGACCUUCAACAACAUUAACGUCACGGACUGGGCCCCGCAGUACAGGUUGGCCCUCCCGUCUCUGAAGAGGACGGACGCUGGCCUGUAUCAGUGUAUGGUGAGGAACAGGAUGGGAGCCGUCAUACACAGGAAGACAGAGGUGCAGGUGGCCUUUUUGGGCACAUUCUCAGCUGAGGAGCAGAGGAAGACGGUGACUCAGGGCAGACCGGCGAUCAUCAGCCUGCCCCCCCUCGCCUCUUUCCCUCGACCCCUCGUCACGUGGUACAAAGACGGACACAAGAUAAUCCCUAACAACCAAAUUGCAAUCACUUUGGACAAUCAGCUGGUCGUCUUGGCAACCACUGCAGCGGACGCUGGACGUUACUACGUAGAGGCGGUCAACGAGAGGACAGGAGAGAACGUGACAAGUCCCGCCGUCUACCUGAGCAUCUCAGUUGGCAAGAAGAACCGAGGGUCAACAGAUCCUGAAUCAGAAGUUGUGGCUCCGGCGAUUGUGAUCGGACCCAAAGACACAACAGUGGUGGCAGGCAGCGAGGUGACGCUGGAGUGCAUUGCUAACGCCAGACCGAUUGACAGCCUCGUGGUGUCUUGGAAACGUGAUGGGCGUCGUCUGGCCAGUGGGCGUCGGCUCGUUAUUCUUGCCCCCGCCUCUGCUGACACUGGGAUAUAUGUUUGUGAAGCGUUGCUCGGCAACAGCACUGGCAAACCUGUGGAGGCAAGGGCACAACUCAAUGUAAUCGAGCCACCUUCCCUGACUGCUCAACCUAAGAGGAAGAUCAUUGCUGACCUGGACAGGAACGUAGAAAUCCCCUGCCUGGCUACAGGUGUGCCCCAGCCCAGGAUAGAGUGGUAUAAGGACGCGGUGCCUCUUUCCAAACUGGCCAACUCUCGCUACAAAGUCACCGCGGCGAACGGGCUGACGGUGCGCCGGGUGCAGCCGGGAGACGGAGGAAUAUUCCAGUGCUUCGCUCGCAACGCUGCAGGAGAAACUCAGGCACACGCACAACUCCUAGUGUCUAGUAUGGCCCCCACGUUUACAUUCCCUUCGUCUGACCAAAUAGUAACUGAUGGAAACGCGGCUUUGUUUAUGUGCCAGACGAGCGGAGCUCCAAAACCUGCCAUCACCUGGAGGAAAGGAUCUCAGGUCUUAGCUAGCGGCUCCGUCCAGGUUCCCAGGUUCACGCUGUUGCAGACAGGCGGUUUGCAGAUUCGGCCAAUCAGCUUCCAGGAUUCAGGAGAUUACACGUGCAUAGCCUCCAACGCUGAGGGAAGCAUCAACUCCACCUCUUCGCUCACCGUCUGGAGCCGUACAGUCAUUUCUGUGCCUCCAACCGACCAACGAGUUAUCAAAGGAACCACUGCUCUUCUGGUCUGUACUGCUACACAUGACCCCAGAGUCAAUAUCAGCUUCAGCUGGGAGCGUGGGGGGGUGCUGGUUCGUCCCAGCAGCGGGGGGCGUGUCUCCAUGCGGCAGGGCUCCCUCACUAUUGGCCAGACGUGGUCAGGUGACAUUGGGGACUACACCUGCACUGUGAAAUCACGGGCUGGCAACGAUUCUCAGUCUGCACGCCUCGAAGUCAUUGAGCUGCCGCACUCUCCUCGCUCCCUGACGGCUCGUCUCAAUGACUCUGAUUCCCGCUCCGUCCUGCUCUCCUGGCUCCGCCCCUUUGAUGGGAACUCCCCUCUUCUCUACUACCUGCUGGAGCUCUCUGAGAACAACUCGCCAUGGAAGGUCUACCUAUCAGAGGUCGAUCCUGUGGUGAGCGAGGUAUCAGUGGGGGGGCUCACACCUGCCAGGACCUAUCAGUUCAGGCUUUGUGCUGUCAAUCAAGUGGGCCGGGGUCAGUACAGCGCUGAGACGCAGAGAUUGAUGCUGAGGGAAGAGGCACCCAGCGCUCCUCCGAAGAACAUUGUGGCCAGUGGACGGACAAACCAGUCCAUCAUGGUCCAGUGGCAGCCCCCACCUGAACCCCAGCUGAAUGGAGUCCUCCGAGGAUAUGUACUCAGGUACCGUCUGGCAGGGCUGCCAGGGGAUUACCAGGAGAAGAACAUCAGCAGCCCAGAGACCAACUACUGUCUGCUGAAGGAUCUGAUCAUCUGGACUCAAUACCAGAUCCAGGUGGCUGCCUUCACUGGAGCCGGCCUGGGCGUCUACAGCAGUCCUGUCACCGAGUACACUCUGCAGGGAGUUCCCACAGCACCUCCGCAGGAAGUGGAAGUUUUGGCUAUAAACUCGACUACCAUCCGCUUCACAUGGAGCCCGCCGCCUCAGCAGUUUAUUAAUGGCAUCAACCAGGGAUACAAGCUGCUGGUGUGGCCAGAGAAGUCUCCAGAGGAGGUUAUCGUGGUAACCAUCACCCCGGACUACCCUGGUUCUCGCCACACAGGAUUGGUCAGCGGACUGAAGAAAUUCAACUGGUACUUUGGCUCCACCCUCUGCUUCACAACACCUGGAGACGGCCCCAGAAGCUCCCCCAUUCUGCUGCAGACACACGAGGACACACCUGGACCUGUUCGUCACCUGAGCUUCACUGAAAUCCUGGACACGUCUCUCAGAGUCAGCUGGGCAGAGCCUGAAGAUAAGAACGGCAUCAUCACCGGCUACGUGUUGUGGUGGGAAGUGCCAGGCGUAGAGUCGGGUCGGGUGGAACGUACACUCUCAAACUCCACCCUGCAGCACCAGCUGACUGGCCUCACCUCCACCACACUGUACACACUGCAGGUGGCCGCGCUCACUGCCGCAGGACGGGGCGUGGUCACACCCUCCACCAUCUCCACUGGAGUCCCACCAGAGCUUCCUGGUUCCCCAUCUAACUUAGUCAUCUCCAACAUCAGCCCUCGCACAGCAACACUCCGGUUUCGCCCUGGUUCUGAUGGCAAGACUGGCAUAUCACAAUGGAUCGUAGAAGGCCAGGUUGUUAAGGACGAUAGAAAGGAGGAAAUAUGGACUGUUGUCUACCAGAAAGACAACCAGCCUGAUGCGGACAGUGUGGAGAUUCCCAACCUCUCUCCAUUCACCAAGUACAGGUUCAGGAUGCGGCAGGCGAACAUUGUCGGCUCCAGUAACAUGAGUGCCCCCUCCAGGCUGAUUCAGACCCUCCAAGAUGCCCCUGACUCACACCCAUCUAACCUCACCCUGCUGUCUGCCACACAGACGAGUCUGCGCUUCAACUGGAAGCCUCUUCCAGAGACCGAGUUCAACAGCAGUCCCGAGACCGUGGGAUACCGGCUGCGUGUGUGGAGGACUGACGGCCAGGGGGAGGACAGGACAGAGGAUGUGGAGAGAGAAGGGGGGACCAGUGAGACCACCGUAGAGGGCCUCAACCCCUUCACUCAGUACCAGGUUCAGAUACAGGCCUACAACUCCAUAGGAUCCGGACCAUGGAGCCACACUGUCGCUGCACUCACUGCAGAAUCUGUUCCCUCUGGAUCCCCGGUGAAUGUGACGGCGGAGGCAGUGAGCUCCACCAGGAUCCUGCUCAAAUGGUCUCCUCUCCCUCAGGCACAGAAGAAUGGAAUCAUACUUGGCUAUAAGGUGUUUUACAGCGAGAAAGACUCAGAAGGUCCCCCCAGAGUUCAGGUGGCAGAAGGAGAGGGGAGUGUGACGCUGAUCCUCAGUGGUCUCAAAGAAUACACAGUGUAUGAGCUGCAGGUGCUGGCAUACACACGGAUGGGUGACGGCCCACAGAGCGGCCCCUUACUGCUCAGAACCAGAGAGGACGUCCCAGGCCCCCCUGUCAGGAUGGUGUUUCCAGAAGUUCGGUUGUCAUCAGUUAGGGUGGUUUGGCAGCCGCCCACAAACCCCAACGGCAUCAUAUUAGGCUACCAGAUCUCGUACUGCUUGGACAGCAGGGACCCUCAGCGAUGGACUACAGUGGAGGUGGGCUCCACCGCUCGACAGUUCACCGUCACAGGACUCUCCUCCGAACAGGCCUACGUGUUCCGGCUCACCGCUCGCACCGCCGUGGGCUGGGGGGGGGAGCAGGAAGCCCUGGUGGUUACCACUGAGCGCAGAGAGCGUCCCCAGCCGCCCAGGAAGUUGUCUGUUCCUCAGGAAGGGGUUGAAUCUCGUCAUGUGCGCCUCCACUGGGUGACAGGAAGCUCAGGUUCCUCCCCGCUGAGGUACUUCACCCUGCAGGCCAAAGAGCUGCCCAACGGGGACUGGAACACACACACUGCUGACAUCCCGCACAACGGGACCGCCUGGACCGCUGACAGGCUGAAACCCUUUACAUCAUACAAGUUUCGGAUGCUGGCCACCAACGAUGUAGGAGACAGUGUCCUCAGCAAAGAGACGGAGGCUGUUACAACUCUGCAAGAUGUCCCUGAGGAGCCUCCAGUGAUCCUCGCAGUGAAACCAACAACAACUACCUCAGUCCUGGUGCAGUGGAAGAAACCCAAUGACACCAGUAUUAACGGGGUGUUGACUGGAUACCGGCUGUAUUACAGAGAGCUCCAAGUAAACGUUUCCACUUUCGUUGAAGCAGAAGUCCAGGCAACAAAAAACAACACCACAAGUGCCCUCAUUACAACCAAGAGCACCUUCAAGACAGUCAGCAGCGCCGCGCUAACAGAGUUUGAGUUGACACAACUGAAGAAGUUCAAACGCUACCAGAUUGUUAUGACGAGCUACAACAUCAUCGGAGAGAGCCCCCCCUCCACCCCAGUGGAGGUGUCUGUCGGAGAGGCAGCUCCAUCGGUGGCUCCUCAGUCUAUCAAAGUCUCCGCUGUGUCUCCCUCCACCCUGGAAGUGACCUGGGACACACCCCCCCUGGAGACCCAGAAUGGACUCAUCCAAGGAUACAAGAUCCACUACUGGGAGCGGGACAAGCAGAACCAGAGUGAGAAGGUCAAGGUGAUUUUUGUCCCAGACACCCGGGUGCAGCUCUCCAACCUGACCAGCUACACACCGUACCUGGUCACUCUGACGGCCUUCAACACCGCUGGAGACGGCCCCCCCAGCGACCCCCGCGGGGCCCGCACCAUGCAGUCUGCUCCCAGCGCUCCCAGCUACCUGUCCUUCUCAGAGGUGACCGGGGGGAGUGUGAAUGUGUCCUGGGGGGCUCCCCUCACUCCUAAUGGACAGCUGGAGGGCUACAGGAUCAUCUACCAGCCCACUGCGCCCGUACAAGGAGUGAGUAAACUGGUGACGGUGGACGUGAGGGGCAGCUGGCAGAGAUGGCUGAAGGUCCGAGAUCUGAUCCGAGGAGCGACGUACGCCUUCAGUGUUCAGGCUCUCACCGUCAGCUACGGCCCGCCGGUGCACGCUAACGUCAGCGCUCAGCCCGUGCAAGGCUCCCCGGGGUCUCCUAUAGAGAUGUCCAUCACCAAGGCGUCGGCGGCGCUCACCAUCCACUGGUCGGACGGAGAGACGGGUGCAGCGCCGGUCACCGGAUACGUUAUCGAAGCCCGUCCAUCAGAUGAAGGAGUGUGGGACUCCUUCAUUAGACUCCUCCCCCCCACCAGCCGAUCCGUUUCCGUGCCGCUGGAGCGCCUGAGGUCGGGGAUCAGCUACGAGUUCAGAGUCAUCGCUGUUAAUCGCUAUGGUUACGGACAGCCCAGCACACCCUCUGCUGCUCUCGCUGCGCUGUCCGAGCGUCCGUUCUACGAGGAGUGGUGGUUCCUGCUGGUCAUGGCUCUGGUGGGGAUCAUCCUCAUCCUGGUGCUGGUCUUCACUCUGCUGCUGCACGGACACAGCCGCAAGUACAAAGCCUGCGGGACAGGGAAGCACAUGUCCACAGCGGAGGAGUCGGUAACCCUGGACAACGGAGGUUUCACUGCUCUGGAGCUCAACAGCAGGACGAUCAACAACAAGAACUCCUUCCUGAAGAAGAACGGGACCAGGUCUCCUCCCAGGCCCAGUCCAGGUGGUCUUCACUACUCCGACGAGGACAUCUGUAACAACUAUAACGGAGCCGCGCUGACUGAGAGCACCACGCUCACUGAGAAACCCACCGAGGUCUCAGAGUCAGAGUUAACUGACAGCGACUACGAAGACGAGCAGCCCAAGCACUCCUUCGUCAACCACUACAUGAGCGACCCCACCUACUACAACUCCUGGAAGCGGCAGCCCAAAACCCUGAAGCCCAUCGGCUCUCCCUUCGGAUACGAGGAGUGCGCCACCGCAGACACGGAGCCGUACUACCAGACCGUGGUGACGCAGCACAGCACCGGCGGCGCGUACACGCCCACGGGGCAACCGGCGCUCACGCACGUGAACCCCAACACCAACCCGCCCCCCGGCUCACGCACCCCCGUGACCGGAUUCUCCUCCUUCGUUUGACUCAGUGAGACUAAACCUGCACAAAAUGACACACACACAAGAACACAAUAAUGGGGGGGGCCCGGUGUGUGUUUGGACUAAAGGAGACAGAGCAGACGGCGCCGGGGGAGAGGGGGGGGGGACGACGACGACGAGGUGAGGAGAAGUGGGACGGACUGGUGACGAAGCAGCACCAAAGAACUAAACGUACACCUCUCACUCGCCUUCCCCCCUCGUUCACAAAGAUCCUCACUGUGAUGACGAGUGUGUGUGUUGCUCUCCUGCUCUGUUACGCCUCUGUGUCACUGUGCCCACACACACAGUUCUCGUUUCCACACACACACAUUCACACUGGCGUAUACCACCAUGCCUAUUCCAGAGACUCUCCGACGAGAGCUGCGACUACAUGUUUGUGUAAAUGUUGAGGAGAGCAUUCGAACUCGGGAACAUGGAAUUUCUGCACAACCUUCUUCACUGUUUUUCUGUAUUUACACAUAAGUGCACAAAGACACACGCAUGCACUCCCUUUCAGGGUCUCCCACAGGGGGAGAAGGACUACAAGGCUGAGGAGCGUCAUUCAGAGACGCCACAGAAGGGAGCAGCUGUUGUUGACAGACUGGUACAUGUACACACACACGGAGCUGUAAAACACUACCACAGAGGGAAAGAAAAAAGUAACAAUCAAUAAUCACAUUUUUCGAACUUAAAAAAGGACAGAGAGCGAGCGUGGGUGGAGGUUUUUUAGAAGUGAAGGCAUUCUCAGUGAGAGUGUUGUGUGGUUUCUAAGAGCGUUAUGUGAUGUUCGGGGUUGGGGUCGGAAUAUAUGAAAACCAUGUUUUUUACCGUCUACUGCCUGUUGUCAGCGCUCCUUAUACCACAGCCUCCCGAGCCAUAAUGCUUGCACUGAGCCGAACCCCACACAUUUCAUCUUCUGUUGGAGUUUCAUUUUUUACAAUUAAGAGUGUGUUUGAGUGUGACACGUGUGCAUAGAAGCAUGCGUGAAUAAAUGGCUCGACGCUCAGCUGGGAAGCCUGUUCAUCCGUCUGCGUUGUUCACUGCUAAGCAAAGCGUGCCAUUGUAUGUGUGUUUGCUUUUUAAGAUGGAUUUUGUACAGGGAAACCCUUUUUACUUGUGAGGUGUUGUAUGUAGUUGUGGCCACGUUUGUGUAAUUCAAAGCAAAUAUUGAAACAGCACUGCAAUCAUGGAUGAGGGGAAAAAGAAAUAAUUUAGUAAGAAUGAUAAAAUAUAAGCUGCAGAUAAUGAAUGAAAGAAGACAGAAAUCAUUCUUGAAGGAGCUGCGUGUGAUUGAAGUUUAAAUAAUAAGGCCUCGCUAUCUGCUCCAGCCAGACUGACACAUGUACUUUGUACCAAGUGCAAACAAAAAUCAUCUGUACGCUUUCUCUCAUGUAUAAUUUAAAGAUUUCUCCGCCCUCCCUCACUCUGUCACGCUUGUUUUAAGUCCCAUUACAGUGUGUGAAUAAAUGGUUAUUGUUUAA